AUGGUUGCCAAGAAUGCAUUUGUUCAAAAGUUGACGAGUGUUGAAACUCUUGGUUGCACGACUGUGAUUUGUUCCGAUCAGACUAGUACUUUAACUACCAACUGGAUGGCAGUGGCUAAGCUAGUUGCUAUGGGUUCCAAGAUUGCUCAAGUGUGCAAUGAUGCUGAUGUGGAGAAAUCCAAGCAUCACCAUGUUACGAGCAUUAAAGGAUCCUCCUCGCAAAGAGGUCCCUCAAGCAAUCAAGGAUUGCCGAACUGCUGGCUUUUGUGUUACGGAUGUACAGAUUCUCUUACAGAAACAAGCCUGCCAAAGGAAACGAUGACAGGAGACAACUCUUUACUCUAUAAGCUCAAAAAGUUGGCUUCCCUGUGGGCGUCAAAUUCAGACAUUAGCGGAGAAAACUUUGCUGAUUCUCACACUGAGAUCCUUAUUUCUGAAUAA